CCGCGCAUCACCCGAGACAUCUCGAUCGUAUCUCCGAGCCCCGGACUCCGCUCAUCCGAUGCGCGUCGCGCCGGAGGACCACAUCCACGGCACGAAAGCAGCGGCUCCGAUGCAUCAUCUCCGAUUUCCAGACAGAAAGCAGCCCUUCUCACCAGAAGGUCCCUCAAGAGUGGAGAGAACAUUUCCUGCAUUCACUAAACUUUAGAACGGGGCCCUUUUCCCCUCAUGGUCGCUCUUUGACUGGAUGCUUUAAAACUGACAUUUUAGCCUCCUUUUUUUAGGACACAUGAUGAACGGUGCGGUGGCCUCUCACGUUACUACACCCAGCAACUUCCUGGUGGGUGCGGCUGUUCCUCCUGGUUUAAAACGCGCCAUAAAUGACUGCUUUCAUCAGUGAUUACCAUUUACUCACGCGUAUUGGUUAUAAACCAUGAAACUGGGUGGUCUCUAACCUGUGUGUUGGUAAAAUGCAAUUAAUACAUGCUUCACAAGUUGUUAAUGAACUGUCAUGACAACUGACGGGAGGACAUAAAGGAUCAUCUCCUUCUCUGUGCUUCUAUUUAGCCGGGUGCUCAGCCGUCGACCCCUUCCGAAGAGGGACAGCGUGUCACAUCCCUGUUUGUCAGAGACAGGUUGGCGACCCAAUGCCCGCUCUUCCUCGGCCCCCACCACCAGAUUCAUGCUCAACCUCAAAUAGGCAACGCCGACCUUGCCCUCCCUCUCCGCAGGAUUUCUCUCAUGGUAGAAAUAGCCGAUAACCCCGUCGAGGCACAUGAUGGCGUCUGGCUUCAUGAGCAAAGCUGAUGAUCACUCUCUGGACCGUGUGUCUACUCCGCCGGAGAGAUGAGGAGAGCAGCGCCAUUUGUUUCCUUUCUUUCCCACUGUCUGUCUGCCUGGACUUGGGAGAUGAGACAGAUGGGCACUCAACACUUGAUUAUUGGCCUUCGUGUCACUCUUUGUCGCACAAAAAUAGCUGCCGUUACUUAGACACUGCGAUCAAAGAGCCUCUUCCCGUUAUAAUUAGCUCUUACUCUCAUAAUGGUGCCUUUUUAUGCCCUUCAGAGGAUCUUCACCAUGCUGAUUGCACAACAACAACAACAAUCCAGCGCCAGCCUCCGGCUAUUUCCCCAUCGAUCUCCAGGGAAACGUCAACGGAGAGCAAGACUUUGUUUCCUCCUCUAUGCUCCCUCCUGCCCCCACCUUUCAAUCAUAUUAUUUGAUUAUAAUACAAAAAUCCAUGGCAAUUUGAGUAACAAGCUAAAUUGGUAACAUACGAUUUUCAUUUUUUUAUAUUCACAUGUAGCUAUUUACAUUUAUGGUUUGGAACAAAAAAACUGCAGGACCAUGCCACUUUUCUUUGUUUGCCUCAUGGUCUAUUACAUACCGUACUAAAUUCUCAGGGUCUGAACACUAAAUGAAAUGUUUAAGUUUUUGAUUGUUAACACAUUUGAAAAGAAGUGAUUUUGCUCCUCUGUGAUAUCGAGUGAGAGUGAAUGUGGAAGUGAAAAGUGAUAUUCCAGUGUGCUAAUUUUGGCGCGGAACUGUUUAAUGUUGUACGCGGAUCUACCCGGACGACUUUGGGGUGAGGACGGGGCGGCGCCAUCAUUUCCGCUCCUUCUUAAAUCUACUGAAACAUUUCAAUAACGAAGCGGGCUUCAUAACAGGUGGCCUUUUGUUGGCACACUGGUCGAGAACACACGUGAAUAAUGUCUGAAGCUGCUUUUGAGGAAGUUUCCGCUUUAUCGUCCAUCUACUGCGGAGAAGGAGAGUUCCGGCUCCUCCAGCGGUCCGGAUGGGCUCAUGGUUCAGAUUAACAGGACUGUUGAAGGAGUGGACGUAAGACUCUUGUUCCAUCUGCACCUCCGCUACCCUUCCUGUCCCCCCGCCAUCUCCGUCUCCUCCACUGUCCUCUCCAGGACUCAGUGUCAAGACGUCAGGCAGAAGCUGCUGAAUCAAGCUGCUGCUUUACCUCCAGAGCCGAUGGUUCAUCAGCUAGUGGAGUGCUUGCAGUGUGUGGUGACCGAGAACUUCACAGGCGGUGAGGAGGAGGAGGGAAGAGAGAGAGAAGAAGAGGAGGAGGACUGGACCGCGGCGCUGUCGUUGGACCACAUCCGAUCUCGAAAUCGCUACAUCAGUCUGCUGGAGCGCUGGAGCCAGCAGCUGCAGCUCAGUGGGAGGUUACUACUGGGACAAAGUAUACUGGUGAUUCUGCAGGGAGCCAGAUCCAACAUCAAGGAGUUCUGUCGCCUUUUGAGGACGGUGAAGGUGGAUGUCGAUUCUUCAGGCAAGAAAUGCAAAGAGAGAAUGAUGAAAGUUCUCGCUGAAAGCCCUACGUCCUCCUUCAGCGGGCAUGAGUACGGAUCACAGAAAAUCCAGGGUUUUCUGGUGAGGAACUACGAGUCCCUCGCAGAGUUGACUGCGGCUUUCCAAGAAAUCAACAUGACGGGUCUUUACCAGCAGAUACGGCCGUCACUGAGUGACUGACGGCACGCAGCCAAAUACGGCCUAUUUGGGCUGUUGAGGCUCGACAUGGUCUACACACUGAAACGCGCUACACACACACAAAAUCGCUAUAGAAGUACAGUCCAUUUACCAUGUUACUUUGGACAAGGCAAUUUACCUCAAAUUGAUCAUGAACGUGUAUAACUAGUCGUGAUGGACGGAGUGUUGCUUGCUCGGCCCGGACAUCGCUCUGUCAAUGUGUGUGAAUGGGGGAAUUAACCUUUACUGGGAAAGCGCUUUGAGUGGUCGGUAGACUAAAGCGCCAUAUACGUACAGUCUAUCUACCAUUAGUAUUGUAGUUA